UCUGGCUUAUUUCGCAUUUUUCGACACAUGUUCUUCUUAACUUUUAUUUUAAUUUAUAUUGAUAAAUAUAUAUAAUAAGUUUUUUUUACACAGUUUACAUAAAUUCAUAAAUAUUUGACAAAAUCGUAUAUACCCGCUUUAUGAAGCCUCGGAAGGACUUCAUACAAACUUCAUACAUUUCUUGCAUUUGGCGAGCAUUAACAUUUUAAGAUUGCCAUGGAGAAAGACAUUAACGUAAGUUAUUGAUAUAAAGUUAUUUAUUAGUCUUUGACAUGAGAUGACUAUACAUAAUGCACUGACUGAACUACAUGUGUGUGCAAAUAUUACUACAUGUUUGUGCAAAUAUUACCGCUACGCUCUAUCGCCCCUCGUUGAACGGCGUAUCAUUCAACGCAUACUAGGCGUGUUGUAGGUUUAAAACGUGGAACGUCGAUUAAAGGGACGGUUCACAAUUAACAACUGGAAUAACUGCUUUAAAUGACAUUUGACAAAAAUAAAUUAGAAAAACAUAUCACAUCUAUGUUAACGUGGCCCUGCUUUGGUAAAAUAAUAACUUAUAUAAUAAUAAUGCAUUUUUUGCGUGAAAAAAAAACAACAAGAACAGUUGGGACAGUUAGUAUAUCUACCUUUAUGCCAUGUAUGCAAUGCAAUCGUCAAAACUAAUGUGCUUUAAACACUUGAAAAAAUGGCGCACCUGUUAAAUAUGACACAAAUUGAAGAAGACAACAAAUGUUUCUUAUUACUUUUUUUUACCAUCCUCUUAAUUCAUUAGACAUACACUUAUCGUAUAUGUCUACCUGUGUUGUUAUUUCAUCAGGAGAUGUAAUGAGUAUACUCCAUUAAAGUUGGUAUUUACCAAGUUAUGUGUGUUAAGUGUUUUUUUUACGGACAUCGAACAUUAAGUCAGUCGAGACAUGUUUUAGGUCAUUAAUUCGUUUAAGAGAAAUUAUGAGUUUGUUUUUGAACUUGAGUUUUGGCUAAAUUGAUGUAUUAUCGAUAGUAUCGUGAUAAACCCGUAAUCUUGGACCAAAUAAUUGUAAUGUUUUUUAAGUGUGCUAGUUUUUUUAAAACGGAUGGGUGAUGUUCGUGGAGUAUGGCCGUUAUUUCAGUCAGUAAGGUACGUUGACGAUCCGCAGACUGUGUUAGACCAGAAGAUUCAGCUUGGGAGGGAGUUCAGGCCAUCAAAACACAGGAAGGUCACAUUAAAACUGAACAAUUUGCAAAUCUAAGCCAGUGUUAUCAAACUGAGCUCACUUCCAAAUCUAGGACAGCUUAUGAAAACUUUAAAAUGUGAGACAGUUCUGAAAAAAAACAAAAACAACUUCCAGAUAUAAAAGAGUUCGUUCAGCCAAGAAACAUGGUAAAUGUGUGACAGUUUUAUGAAAACAAUUUAAACUUCCAAUUCGUGGACAGAUUUUUGAACACUAAGACAUUUUUCAAAUCUAGAAGAUUCCUAAGCAAACUUGCAAACAUUUUAAAUCUCGACCAGAAAUGUCUUCAGAUGAACGUCAAGUCGCAAAAUGCCUGUCAAAGAGGAAAAACGUCCCGGUUUCGAAAAGUGACCUUGCGUCGAAAACGUCAACAAAAGCCAAGGCCGACAGCACUACACAGCCAACAAAACCUAAACAAAAGCGUCGACGCGAAAAGAACCUUGAUCCAUGCCCGCCAGAGACCCCACUUCCGCCCUGCCGCGUGUGUGAUGAGAUAGCUUCCGGUUACCAUUAUGGAGUGAACUCAUGCGAAGCAUGCAAGGCUUUCUACAAAAGAACGCUCAAGAAGGUAGAAGUAAAUUACAAGUGUAAAUGUACCCCAGAUGAAGCGGCUGCCUGGAAAACUGGGCCACAGAGCAAUGGAUGUCCGUCAUGUAGAUACGAGAGAUGUCUGACUGUUGGAAUGUCUCGCAACGCAAUGAAAAUUGGUCGAUACACGCUAGAACAUAAAUCUGAGAACAUUCGCGAGGUGACAAAAGCAAGAGUCGAAGAUUCAGAAACAAUUGCAACUCCGUCGAGAUCUUCAAGCAAUCUCACAGAUAUGGAGCAACCAGCACCACAGCCAUCUUCGCCAAUCUCAAUUGAAGACAUUAUUAUCAAAUCGUUUUCAUUCGCGCUUUCACCGGAUAAUUUAUACGAUGAUGAUCUCCAAAUCAGCGAUACUGAAGAAUCAUGCGUUAACAAUUUUAUGAUACAAGGAACCGACUUGGCAGGCACUGAUACAAGCGGCUUGGAAUCAAAGCCAGGACCUUCACUGAAGGAAAUGGAACAAAUUGUAAAGAUUCUUACAAAAGCAAACAAAGAAACUUCUGAGGAGUUGGCUAUAUCUCAAGAAGAAAUCCAAAGGGUCCAUACAAGUGUUUUGGAGAAUUAUCAACUGAAGUCACAAGUAUUUGGAUUAAUGAAACCAAUCUCAAUCCAGGAAUACUUGGAAUUUUACAAGUCAACAGGUAUAGAUGUAGACGGCCGGGGUGAAGAACUCAUUACAGCCAUACUGCAUUUCCAGAAAAAGAUUGUCGAAAGUGUUAAGUUUGCGAAAACCAUUCCGGGAUUCAGGCAGCUUUGUCCAGACGAUCAAGCCAGUCUGCUGAAGGCUUCUCGAGUGGACAUAGACAUUAUUUGUACGUACAAAUAUAUGUACCACUGUCACAACGUGGAACGCCAGGUUAUAAUAACUCCCUGGGGCGGGAAAUAUCACAUUGACGAGCUCGAAAAGGUUUUUCCUCGUGACCUCGUGCUAGGACGAAACAAAGCCGUGCGAAGCCUCUACGAGCUUGGCCUGUCAGAACACGAGGAGGCAGUGGUAAAGGCGUUCGUAGUUAUGUCUCCAGAUCGAUGCGAGCUGAGGGAACCCGAAAAAGUGCAAGAAUCUCAAGAUAAGCUGCUUUCCUGCUUGCGUCAUUUGUUUAACAUUCGUCCGGGCGGGACGGGAACCAGACUUUACAAAUUAUUUGAUAUUCUUACUUACUUCCGGUCUUUGUUCGAGCGGGAAACAGAGUUUGUAAAGACUGUGAAAGUCCAUGCGCCAGACUAUCUCUAUGACGACAAGUUCGCGCUUAUAAGAGAGUUUGUCCUGUAGCCCCAUCGAUAGAUUCGCCGUUUUAGACAGUUUGAUCAAUAACUUCAACAACAGACUUGUUCAUCUUAUACUGUUAAUUGGGAUUUUAGAAUCUUUUGUUUAGUUCCAACGAUAUACUCGGCCUGCUAAAGAAUAUAAAAUACAGCUUCAAAUAUAGACUCAUAACUUUAGAGACAUUUGUAAUUAUAACAGCUUCAAAUAUACCGAAAUUACUUAAGUUUUCGAACAGUCCUGAGUUUUCGGACAACAUCUUCUAGAAAAAAAUCGCGAAUCUUAUUGUCGGACACCCGGGUUUUACUAUAAUAAUAAUAAUAUAAUAAUAAUAAUAAUAAUAAUAAUCUCUUUAUUUUCCGAAGGUAACUCAUUAAGACAACACAUUGAUACAAAGUCAUGCAGACAGUUUAACAAUGGCAAUCUUAUUUUCAAUGAGGCCUUCAAACAACUAUGGUAUGUGUAAUGCAUUUCUAUAGUAUAAUGCAAACAUGUAGACUUUGACGGACAUAAGAGUACUGUAACAGUGUAAUAGAAGUGUCAUAAAAAGCAAGUAUAUUAUAUGACUUCU